AGGAUGAGGAAGAUGAAGAAUUGGCUGAACCCAAAGUAGAGAAUGAUUCUGAGAUAGAAACUCAAGAGAAGAAGCAAGAUGUGAAAGAAGCUCCUCCUAGGGAACUGACAGAGGAAGAAAAGCAACAGAUUAUCCACUCAGAAGAAUUCCUUAUAUUUUUUGAUCGAACAAUUCGAGUAAUUGAGAGAGCUCUAGCUGAAGAUUCAGACAUUUUCUUCGACUACAGUGGUCGAGAUGUUGAAGAGAAAGAUGGAGAUGUCCAAGCGGGGGCCAACUUGUCCUUUAACCGCCAAUUCUAUGAUGAACACUGGUCGAAACAUCGGGUUGUCACUUGUAUGGAUUGGUCUCUUCAGUAUCCUGAGCUGAUGGUUGCUUCCUACAACAACAACGAAGAUGCCCCACAUGAACCAGAUGGGGUCGCCUUGGUUUGGAACAUGAAAUUUAAGAAAACUACCCCCGAAUAUGUCUUUCAUUGUCAGUCUUCUGUGAUGUCCGUUUGUUUCGCUCGCUUUCAUCCAAACUUGGUUGUCGGAGGCACUUACUCUGGUCAGAUUGUGCUGUGGGAUAAUCGCAGUCACAGGAGGACGCCAGUUCAGCGCACACCUCUUUCUGCUGCUGCUCAUACGCACCCUGUAUACUGCGUAAAUGUUGUUGGAACACAGAAUGCUCACAACCUCAUUACCGUUUCCACAGAUGGCAAAAUGUGUUCCUGGAGCCUGGAUAUGCUCUCAACGCCACAGGAGAGCAUGGAGCUGAUGUUCAACAAAUCCAAGCCGGUGGCAGUUACUGGAAUGGCUUUCCCAACUGGAGAUGUCAAUAAUUUUGUGGUGGGGAGCGAAGAGGGCACGGUCUACACAGCGUGUCGUCAUGGAAGUAAAGCGGGCAUCGGUGAAAUCUUUGAGGGUCAUCAAGGUCCUGUCACAGGAAUCAAUUGCCACAUGGCUGUCGGUCCAGUUGACUUCUCCCAUCUCUUUGUCACAUCAUCAUUUGACUGGACUGUCAAGUUAUGGACUACAAAGCACAACAAGCCGCUCUACUCCUUUGAAGACAAUGCCGACUAUGUCUACGACGUCAUGUGGUCGCCAGUGCAUCCCGCGCUCUUUGCCUGCGUGGACGGGAUGGGCCGCUUGGAUCUCUGGAACCUGAAUAAUGAUACUGAGGUUCCGACAGCCAGUGUAACGAUCGAAGGAGCUUCUGCCCUUAAUCGAGUUCGUUGGGCCCAAGCUGGGAAAGAAGUCGCGGUUGGAGAUUCGGAAGGAAGGAUCUGGAUCUAUGAUGUGGGAGAGCUUGCCAUACCGCACAACGAUGAGUGGUCCCGGUUUGCUCGGACGCUGGUGGAAAUCCGGGCCAACAGAGCUGACAGCGAAGAAGAAGGAGCUGUGGAAAUAGCUGCCUAGAAGAGACUGAAGAUGUAACCUCUCCCCCAUUCAUCCCAGACUGGCAUCUGCCCUGGGUUGAGUACGCCAUUGUUCCGUGUCAAAUCGGUAUUGUUGUGGCUUUCAAUGCCAGUGUUCGUGCCAGAGUUAGAGUACUGAUUCCGCCAUAUAAAUCACACUGUGCUUAAAGCAGGCUGAAAAUAUCCAGAGCCUUUUCAUGCUUCAUGGGUUUUUGUUUUGUAUGUGUGUGUGUGUGUAGAAGUUGGGAACAAGAAGACAAACCAGGCUGCCGUGGGUUUAGUGCUUGCCCUUUGACUCCUAGUAGUAGCUGCAGUGACUAGCUAGAAACCCCCGGACAAACUUGGGCUCCUCAGCACUUCUGGCAGAGUCAUAUUA